UCUCCCCGCUUUCACCCUGAGCCUCUCCUCUCCUCUCCUCUCCUUCUUCUUCCGCUCGAAGUCUAGAACGUCACCUUGCGUGCUGGGAGCCCGGCCCGUCGCGCGGCACCAGGAAAUGGAGGCUCCUCGGUUGCUGCUAGUGGAGGUUUCUUACAUCAGCGGGUGAAGAUGAGCGACGCAAAUCAGCCCAAAGUUGAACUUUUUGUGAAGGCGGGGAGCGAUGGUCAGAGCAUCGGCAACUGUCCCUUCUCCCAGCGUCUCUUCAUGGUGCUGUGGCUGAAAGGAGUCACCUUUGACGUUACCACCGUGGAUAUGAAGAGGAAGCCAGACAUCUUGAAGGACCUGGCUCCCGGUGCUCAGCCUCCCUUCCUGUUGUACGGCAGCGAUGUGAAAACCGACACCAACAAGAUCGAGGAGUUCCUGGAGGAAAAUCUCUGCCCUCCAAAGUAUCCCCGUCUCGCUGCUCGUAACCCAGAGUCCAACACAGCAGGCAUGGACGUCUUCUCCAAAUUCUCUGCUUACGUCAAGAACUCAAACCCUCAGGCCAAUGAAAAUCUAGAGAAAGGCCUGCUGAAGGCUCUGAAGAAGCUGGAUGACUACCUUGGCUCCCCGCUUCCUGACGAGAUCGAUGAAAAUAGCGCUGAUGAGGUCACUUCCUCUUCACGCCCCUUCCUGGAUGGCCAAGAGCUUACUCUGGCUGACUGCAACUUACUGCCUAAGCUCCACAUCGUGAAGGUGGUGUGUUUGAAAUACCGAAAAUUCAGCAUCCCUCAGUAUCUGACAAACCUCUGGAGGUACAUGAACGCUGCGUACGCCCGGGAGGAGUUUGCCUCCACCUGCCCGAUCGAUGAGGAGAUCCACAUCGCCUACUCCUCAGUAGCCAAAGCUCUCAAGUAGGAGGACAGCAGGAUGCACAACUCAUGAAUACACCAGCAGAGGAACACACAAAUGCGCAAAAACAAACAAAAAACACACACCUGCACACACCGAGCAUUCACUCUGCAAGCGAUGUGGCCGAUCUGUUUCUCUGUUCUGACUGAUUGGGAGCACUGCAAGAGGCUUUCUUUACAUCUCUAUAGUCGUUUCUUGCAGCUAUAAAAGUUGAUGUCACCUUUCAUAAUGUUGGAUCAUUCUGAUAAUGGCUUAUUUUAAUCCGGCAGUAGGUUUGUAUUUGUAGUAUUUUUUUUUAUUUUUUUUUUCUCCUGACAAAAGGGAUGUUACUCUCAGUAAGGGAUGUUGUUGUUGUUGUUGUUGUUGUUAUCAGUAAGGAAUCAAGGGAGCACAAGUGUCAGACAAGUUGAUGUAAAAACAAUCCGAAGCGCACUUGCGCGGGCGCGCACACACAUAAAAAAGUUUGUCGUGAUUAAAUUUAUUUAGCUGACAAGCUUGUUGACUGCCCACAUAUCAUCUGAGUUUUCCUGGACAACUUCGGGUCACUUGUUGACUGUGUUGCUUGCAGAUGCACACUUACAUCCACACCAUCGCACACUUAAAACUACAACCUUGCUUGUGUACAGUUUCACCAUCAGUAGAUGCACACUGUAAAGUUGGAAACGUUUCUUGUUCCCUUCUUGAUGACAGUGGCUAAAAUGUAGUCUUUUUUUUUUUUUUUUUUUUUUUUCACAAAGCUGCCUACGAGAUCAAACUUUUACUAGGACCUUGCAAGCCUCACACAAGCUGAUUCAACUCUUAUUUUCUGUCUUGGUAUAAGGAUUUUUUUUUUUCUUUUAAGUGACAAACAUGCAUACCAGCACCAGCUCACCUUGCCAAAGUGUCUUUUGUGGUUGGUCUGUAAUCACAGAUGCUUCACAUUGAGUUUAUUAUUUCAUUACUGAGGGAACAAGGCCUUGUACAGUUACGGAUUGCAAGAUAUUUGUACUAAAGCCAGCUUUUAUUUUGAUGUAACAACUUUUUUUUCUUCAUGACGCACCUCGGAGAGGAAGGGGGUGCAGGCUGGGUCUCACAUUAGGGAGGCAGAGCCGAAAACGGUUCCAGAGACAGGAAACUGUUUCAAUAGACUCGGGCUUCCUCUUUCUGUGUCACCACAGCAGGCGUGAAGGAUUAUUCAUGAUUACCAAGCUUGUUUGUGAUCGGCUGUAAGGGCCUCUUGCCAACAAAUGAUUUUGUUCUGCCUGUCAUGUAUGAAGGGAUCUUUUUUUAAUGUUAUAUCAAAGAAGGAGAUCCGACUGUCAGUGUAUAGAAGUUGCCGUGGAGGCUGUUUCGUUGACUGCCGAAGUGCUACGAUGAAAGCGCUCGUCCUGCCUGCUGCAGCAGCUCGAGGCACGAGACCUGUCUGUCUUGUGUUUCUCAUGAGGGGAAAAAAACAGUAGGGAGUUUAAUGUAAACAUGCGCAAUGUUUUUAAAAUGAAAAUAGCAUUGGUAGCUUUAAAUUGUAGGCUGCUAUUAAUUAAAAGAUGAGGCUAGCAUUAUUCUAUAUUUCUCUUAUUGUCAGCAAAUCCCAUAAAAAGACCUAAACCAAAAAUGUGUGUUUGUUUCUAUCUCUAGUUUCAGCAAAAUACACUUCAGUAUAGUAAGCCCUACACACAAAAUUUAAAGAAUAAAUGUAAAGUACAGGUAAUGUAAAAAA